AUGAAUAAAUCAGCCGACGACGCUUCACAAAAGGCCACGUCAACUCAACAUACGGACGACGAGUCAAUAACUACCAGUACCGAAUCGGAUUCAUUAGAAACAUGGACACUAGUAAACGACAAAAAUAAAAAAAAGAACCCAGGUACAACCGAUGUCGAAGAAUCUACAAGCAAUAGAUUAGAAAUAUUAAGUAACCUUGAGGACUAUGUAGCAAAUGACAGCAAAGGGAUACAUGAAAGUGCUGAAUCUCGAACAGAUGAAGACUCCAAUAACGAUGACAUUUCCGAAGGCAUCUCAAUUAUUAGCGAGAGCGAGAGUGCUGGGCGGGCUUCACCUUAUGCAAUUGCUGAAAAUUUGAAUAGCGCAGACUUAAAAAGCUACCCAAAUCCCGACGAUGUUUCCCCUGCUUCAAUGCUCAGAUUGCCCAUUCACUUACCACAAUCGUCAUACUCAGUAUGCUCAAGUGUCCACACUUUUGACGAAACCACACUUAGGCAACGACGUAUCAGGCGUUCCAGUUCCAGUACAAAUUCAGAGCGAAAAGCUGUAACGCCAAAAGAUGCCAGCAUUUUAGAUGCAAAUCCAGUGUAUCCUUUAGUUCGUCGGAGUUUGAAAGGUCUUUUUUUUAUUUGCGUUGUACUUGCAAUAUUGGCGUUCAUUGGCAAACUGCGCAAUCCAGAUUGGCAACCAUUUUUCGAUACCAAAAAUUUACCUGCAUUGGAGCAAAGGUUGACAGAUUUAGAAUUGCAAAAUAAUUUAAUGCGGGCAGAAAUUGACAUUUUGUCCAAGCAGUUGAACUUUUUAAGUAGCUUGAGUGAGAGUGGUCGCUUUCACAAGGUCGAAGGGGGAUCUAGGCGUCAACAGCGACUUUUUAAACAGACUGGAGAAUGGAUAAUGAAACAAAAGGGAACCAAUUCUAAAGAGCUGCCCAUUAAUAAAGAUAGCGCAGAUAACUCGCAGAUCAUCAAGGAGUUAAGAAAACCAAUUAAAUGUCCAAAUGGAAAACUAGCAGAAAAUGAAGGCAUGUGUGUCGAAAAUUCAGAACCAGAAAUAAAAAAUAUGGACAAUAUUUUCAAUGUCGAUUAUAUGCAGUCGCUAAAGAAUGCACCGCUUGACGAAUCCACAACUAAUCCGUAUGUUAAUGAGCCAACAAAGAAUGCUAAUAAUGCUGGCCCAAAAGCAGGCGAAACUGAGUUUAAAAAUAUGAACAAAUAUAUUAACACCGAAAGAAAAAACUCGAAGGAGUAUGAUCCCCAUAACUUCGAGAAAAGACAGUGGAAAAGGCAGAAAUAUAUACAUCCGGAGAAUGACGAUGACUUUAGUGAGGAAGAUGAGGAUGAUUCUGCGGAAAAUUUUGGCAAUAAAAAAUUUUCUUCCAAAGAGAGUUAUAACAAACACGACCGUAAUAAGGAACGUCGCUAUAGUGGCAAUACGAAGGAUAUACUCUCCGAUGAGUCCGACGAGCAGUCGCGUAAGAGCGGUGAAUGGCAUGGUAAAUUAAUGCAGCAACGAGAGAACGCGCGGCGCCAAAAUGAGUAUAGACAGCGUAAUAAAAACUGGUAUAUCGAACGGGGUAAUAGCCGUGAGAAAAUUCGUCACAGGAGGUGA